UUCAAAAAUGUUGGCAUGAUUGCCGGAGGGACAGGUAUCACUCCAAUGCUACAGAUAAUCAACGCGAUUCUGAAGGACCCCAACGACUCGACGAAAAUUUCAUUGCUUUUUGCAAAUCAGACGGAGGACGAUAUAUUGCUCAGAGACGAACUAGACAAACUGGCAAAGCAGCAUGAAGAUCGUUUCCAGAUAUGGUAUACUCUUGAUAAAAUGGCAAUCGGAUGGAAGUAUUCCACAGGCUACAUAACCGAUGAGAUGAUUGAUGCUCAUUUGCCGAAAGCCGGUGCAGAUACAGCGAUUCUGAUGUGUGGUCCACCGCCCAUGAUCAAUUUUGCUUGCGUGCCGAAUCUGGAGAAACUUCAACACGCCAAAGAAAACUAUUUCUCAUUUUGA